AUGGCAACCGGAGGCGCAGGCACUCCGAGCCCUCCACGACCCUUUGGCCAAAAGACACAGACACCAACACCGCGUGGUGGUGCUCCCGUGCCAACACCGUUGACCACCGCUUCUCCUCCGUCAAAGCGAGAACUUGCUUCAUGGUGGAAAAAGUUCAGGAAGACCACAGAAAAGGUGGAUGACAAGGUUGAAGCUUCUACUGGCAUAUUCGGCGUUCCCUUGGCCGACAGCAUCAGAUAUGCAAACGUCGCCAUCUCCUUGCAAAACGAAUAUGGCGAGAGUUUCAUCUACGGCUACGUUCCGAUCGUGGUUGCGAAAUGUGGAGUUUUCCUCAAAGAGAAAGCCACCGAUGUCGAGGGCAUCUUCCGACUGAGCGGGUCCGCAAAACGAAUCAAAGAUUUGCAGACCAUUUUCAACUCGCCUGACAGGUACGGAAAGGGGCUAGAUUGGACUGGCUAUACUGUCCACGACGCGGCCAACAUCCUCCGCCGCUACCUCAAUCAGCUCCCGGAGCCCAUUGUUCCUCUCGAUUUCUACGAAAGGUUUCGCGAGCCACUUCGCCAAAUCCAGGUCCCGACAGGGCCCGAUGGUGAAAUGCAGUCUCGAGAUAUGAGUGUCAGUGAGCACAGCGCCGCCGUCACCGCGUAUCAGAAGCUCAUCACGGAGCUACCGCCAUUGAAUCGCCAAUUGCUCCUCUACAUCCUCGAUUUACUUGCGGUCUUUGCAUCCAAGUCGGACCUCAAUCGCAUGACCGCUGCCAAUCUCGCCGCCAUCUUCCAGCCGGGCAUAAUCUCACAUCCUUCGCACGACAUGGCGCCGGGACAAUAUCGACUCAGUCAAGAGGUCCUGAUCUUCUUGAUUGAGAACCAGGAUAACUUCCUCAUCGGAAUGUCAGGCACCGCCGUGGAUGAGAAGACUCAGAAGGAUGUUGAGAGCGGCGCGCCUUCUCUACGAUCCCCGAAAGCUGUAGGACGGUCUGCGUCCAACGCGAGCGCUGGUGCUGAGAGUCUCCGGAAAUAUGGAGUCCGGCGUAAUGUCUCCGUCUCGUCACGCGGGUCCAGAGAACGAGGCAGUCCUGGAGUUUCCAGCCCAGGUACACCAUCUGGGGUCACUUCGUUCGCGGGAGGUGCGGGAAUUGCACGAAGCAAUACUGUCCCGUCGAAGCGAUCUCCAGCAAUUACCUCAAAUCGCUUUCAGAGAACUAAUGAUAACAUGGAUUCGACGAUUCAAUCUGUGGGACCCCAGGCCGCUCCUCCCGUCGCUUCAGUCACGAACAAGGAGGCAACGGAGUCGAAGUCAUCCAGAUCUGGGUCUAUCCAACCAGAUGAUGCUGACGGCAGAGGUACGUUGGUUCCUGCACAAGCCGCCCAGGCACCCGGUCAAUCUCCGCAACAACUGGCCCAACCUCCAUCAGCAACACAACAGAGCUUGCCAACUCAAGAUCAGACCGGCCAGGCACCGGUAACGGCUACGGGUGUGGCUGCGGCUGCGGCUGCGGCUCCACCGCCACCACCCAUCACGACUCGAGAGCGAAAGAUAUCUAAUCUUUUCCCCAAGUCACCGAUAUUUGGUCCAUCAGAUCCCAACGGGAGGCAACCGAGAAAGUUACAAAAGAAACCAAAGCUGCCUGGAAGUACCAACGACAGUGCUCAGAGCUCGCUGAACUCACUCCAUGGCGACGAAGCAGCCACCUUCCAGACGCCUCUUGUCUCCCCUGAUAUCAAUAGCGUCGGGCGACACGAUCCAUUGGCGGCGCCUCAAGGUCCCGUUCUCACCAACACUGCCGCAACACCUAUUAAUGAAACACCAAAAUCGCAGCAAUUCUCGACGCCACCUACUGGGAACAACGCGCAGAACCAUGCACCCGGGCUCAAACCUCCUACGUCCCCACCCGGGUCGACGCACUCCCGCUCUUCUUUCACGGACCCCUCGGAUGCCGACGUAGUCGACGAUGCGCAGCAGCAACCCGAGAAAGAAAAGCGUCGUCAUCGAUGGAGAUUUUCAUCCGCGGCAAAGAAAGGGGAGCAGUCGCCGCUUGCACCACCACCGCCGAUUGGCCAGAACGCCGGGGCAAGAGGAAGUAACAGUUCGAUCGGAAGUUCCAAUCGACCAAGGAAGAGCUUUACUGGAGACUCUCAACUGACGCAAUCUUCGUAUGUCGACGCCAGUGGAAGUGGACAGCAGCCCCUUGUCGGUCAAUCAAGCCAAGAAUCAAACGAUGUGCAAAAGGACCUCAGUGCGGAGACAGAGAAGAAGGGGUUGUUCGGUAAAUGGAAAGCCAAGAUCUCACAGAACCGGGACGAAAGGCUGGCUGAGAAGGACCGAGCAAAGAGUCCUCCUCGAACCGAGCAAGGCUCCUCUCGUAGCAGCUUGGCAGCUUUCGCGCAGGAACACUUGGCCCCACGGGGAAGGUCAUUUGACAGACCCCGUGACGAGGUUCUGUCGAGUGUGGUCGAAAGACCGAUCGCCGAAGGAAAAGCUCAAGGAAGCAGAGCGUCGAUGGAUCAGGGACGGGGAUAA